GCCCCUCCCGCACCGGUCCGCACAGGUCCGCGCAGGGCCCGCGAUCGCCUGAAACCCGGCCUCCACUCGGAGUCCGAGCGCGGGCGUCCGGGGCCCUGCAGCCCCCGCCCCAGCUGCUGGGACUGUCACCGGCCCGGGUAAUUGAACCUGCUGUACCAGAUACCAGCCAGCAGUUAGGAGAUUCACCUGCUUCCUGAGGGGUCUCCUGGAGUUUACAACCAAAGUCCUUACCAGUAGGAUUUUUAAUGAGAAAGUUUUAAAUCCUGCAAGACAUCCUGAGGCAAGGUUUGGUGGCUCAGAUGGUAAAGAAUCUGCUGGCAAUGCCGCAGAUCCGGUUCGUUCCCUGGGUUGGGAAGAUUCCCCAAGAAGGGAAUCCACUCCAGUAGUUUUGCCUUGGAAAUCCCAAGGACAGAGGAGCAAGACAAGACAUCCUCCUCACCCAAUGGACUAUCACCCUCCCAGAGUAAUACUGGCGCCUUGACUGAGUGACUGAGGAGUGCUGAGUACCCAUCUCACAGCAGCAUUACAAGGUGGAUCUAACUGCUGAACACCCAACACUCCGACAGCUGAGACCAACGCUGAGACCCCAGCACAAGUGCCCUGAACACCUAUGGAGACCAGCCCGCCACUUGGUAGCAGGAUGUCCCGUUCUAUGGAUCCACUGGCAAAGAAGAUCUUUAAAGGAGUAUUAGUAGCUGAACUUAUGGGCGUUUUUGGAGCAUAUUUUUUGUUUAAUAAGAUGAACACAAGCCAAGAUUUCAGGCAUACAAUGAGCAAAAAAUUCCCCUUCAUCUUAGAAGUUUAUUACAAAUCUAUUGAACACUCUGGAAUGUAUGGAAUCAGAGAGCAAGAUCAAGAAAAAUGGCUGAGCAGUAAAAAUUAAGAAUUUGGCCAUCAAUCAAAGUUUGCCCUAUUUCAAAGUUUCCGGCAAGAUUAAAAUUCUGAAAUUGACACGGAUGUAUUUUAAAUAUUUAAGGUUAACUGUAAAUUCUAAUUAAGUCAGAGGUUUUGUUCCUUGGAGUAACUGUGAAGAAGUGAUGGAGGGUUUGUUUAUUGUGUUAUAACUAGAGUUUUAUUACUUGAAAUAAAGCAGUUCUUUAAAAAAACCUCUCCUAUAAUUCUAAAUAUAUAAACCUUUCAACACAGAAUAAUAAAACAUUUUUAACAUUUG